AUGCUUGGGUCGUAUUUCCCUGGGACCAGGAUUAUCUAUCCUGAUGCCCUGGUUAAAGCUCACAAUGCUUUAUCUCGUAGAAUGGAGCAAUUAGAGGGCACACAAAGAGAAGUAGUGACAUUGCUGCGGGAGAUUGUCGAUAGAGGGGUACCUCGGCGAGAUUUAGGCCCAACCAGUGUCCCCUCCGACGAGCUUACUGGGGGACACAUGACCCCAGAAAACUUGAAACGACAUUCGCUCUCAUCAUCAGCUGAAGUAAGACGAGCUGCUGGCCAAUGUAGACAAUCACGAGACGCGCCGCCUCGGGCCCGCCGAACUCUUUUCAGCACUCCCCUCACGGCACCUGCAAGGAGGCGGCUCCCGAACCACCAUAUGCGCAAUCCAUUGCACUCCUCCUUUAUCCCCCGGGGGUAUCUGACCCCUAAGUUUAACAAAUUUGAUGGGAGGAAAGGGAAUCCGCGAGAGCAUGUGGUCCUGUUUAUUGAAGCUUUGGGGCCCUUUGGAAACGAUCACACAUUGCGACUUAGAGAGUUCUCAAAAACUCUCACAGAUAGGGCCUACAAAUGGUAUGCAAAUUUAGAGUCCGGGUCGCUCACUACCUGGAACCAAUUAGCCACGAUUUUCCAGUCGAAGUUCUUUCAGGCGGAGGAAAGGGUGACCACUCUCUCCUUGACCAAGGCCAUGGAAUAUUACGAAACCCAUGAAGAAGAGGCACUGGCCAAGAUAUGCAUACAAGGCAUGCAGGGAUCUUACCGAAUCCAUUUCAUUAACUUAAAGUUACCCACUUUCGCCGAUUUGAUAGAGGGCGCUACGCAAGAAGAGUACCGAGGCAGACGUAGACCUCAGGUUGCGGCUGUAGAUGAGCCGAACAGCAAGAGGAAUGGGAGGCCAGCCCGCGCCCCUCGAACAAAGAAUCCGGACAAGGCACCUCCUCCAUUCCCAUGCACCCCGGAAGAGGUAGAAACCAUCCUUAAGAAGUGGAUCCAACAUGGAGAUAUCAGACUGCCUGAGGUUCUUCAUGAGCCUACUGCGGAAGAAAUGGCUCACCCCAAAUAUUGCAUGGACGUGAGGGAGGAACCGUUUCCUGCACAUGAUCGAGGGGCUGCAAUGAUGGUCUCCGGCGUAGCAAAUGAUGAGGGACGAGUCGAGGAGGAUGUUUCCUCCUCCAGCAAUGACUACCAUCAGCAUGGGGACAGUGUCGCCCAGGUCGCGCUAGUAAGGGAAGACGAUCUCGAUGCGUUCCGAUUGCUGGAAACCGCUCCAGUUAAAAAUAUCCUUCAGAAGAUGGAUUUUUCUCCUCUUGCUCAGAAAGAAAUUGCCAAGAUCCUGUGGUUGGCGGCGAAGGAAGGUGUAAAGGAAGUCGCGUCGAUCACAUCGCUCCCAGUACCUCAGAGAUUGACCGGGUCGGCCAUAGUCUUUACUGAAGAAGACAAAUGUGUUCUUACACCGCACAACAGGCCGUUGUAUGUUACGGCCUCUCUUAAUGGGGUCGAACUCAAGCGGGCGUUUCUUGACAACGGUUCAUCCCUCAAUAUCAUGCCAUUGGAAAUUUUCCGUCGCACUGGAUUGCCAAGUGAGAAGCUUAUCCGGAAGUCGACUGAAAUUACCGGGUUUGGGAGUGAUAUUCGAAGAACUGAGGGAUAUGUGACAACCGAGUUGGUUAUUGGAAAAUUCAAAGGCCCAGUUAAGUUCCAUGUCAUUGAUUCAGACACUCCUUAUCACUUAUUAAUGGGUCGCGGUUGGAUGCAUAAGUUUGGAAUUGUUCCAUCUUCGUACCACCAGUGUAUAAAAGUGUUCUGGAACGGGAAGCAAGUAACGGUCCGCUGCUCUGAUCGACCGUUCACCAACAGGGAAUCUUAUAUGGUGGAGGCUGCAUUCUUUAAUGAACUUGAGGAGGCGGAGGAACCCCAACCGUUGAAGGCCUACUCUUUGCCAAAGUGGGAGGCCAUCGACCGAUAA